UCUACUCCCCCACUCACUGUCCUUUCGAUUCCGAGCAUCUAUUUUCUCUCUCUAAAAACCUCUCUCUCUCACUCAUCAAAACCCAACAGUCCAACACUCUCUCACUCCUCACAGCGCACACACACACACACACACGCAGUGACGUCAUCAUAUACACGUAUAAUUUUAGAGAGAGAAAGUGGACGAAGCGGCCAUUAUCUGUAUCCUUUACCUCUUAUCUGAGCUGAAAUUUCAUAGAUCAAAUCUGCUACUUCCAGGAGACACUUUCUUAUAUUCUCUUCAAGUGGCCGCUCUUUGAGUUAUCAACUUAAUUACUGGAUGACCCGUGGAGUUAUUUUACAGCCUCAAACAUCUGAUGUUUUGUACCUAUCUUAUUAUGCCUGACCAGCAACACAAUGAACAGUUUCCCUGUGAAUUUUCAGCACUUAGUUUUAUGCAUGCUGUUGCUUUACAGUCUACCAAAAGAAAUUGAAGCUCUCAGUCCUGAUGGUCAAGCUCUUGUCAACUUUAGGACAGCCAUAAUUAGUUCAGAUGGUAUUCUACAGCAGUGGAGACCAGAGGAUGAGGAUCCGUGUGGUUGGAAAGGAGUAAAAUGCGACUCCAAGUCAAAGCGAGUUACAGCCUUGAGCCUCCCUAACCGCAAGUUGAGUGGCCCAAUAUCAGCAGAUAUUGGGAAACUAGACAACCUGCAAUAUCUAGCUCUUCAUGACAACAACUUUUAUGGGGAAAUCCCGCCAGAACUGGGGAACUGUACUCAGUUGCAAUCAAUAUUUUUGCAGGGUAACUACCUAAGUGGAUCGAUUCCUGGUGAACUGGGAAACCUGUCUCAGCUUGAGAAUUUGGAUGUCUCCAGCAACUCUCUCAGUGGAAGCAUUCCUGCUACACUUGGAAAGUUGAGCAAGCUUUCUAGUUUUAAUGUUUCCACAAAUUUUCUGGUGGGACCUAUACCUUCUGAUGGUGUUCUUGCGAACUUCCGGAAUGACUCAUUUGUUGGAAACCGUGGGCUGUGUGGUAAGCAAAUUCAAAGAUGUACGAAAACUGGUAGUGGUUCAUCCUUUUCGCAGCCUACAGAUUCAGCCCAAUUUCAAGCCAAGAAGAAUUCAGGGAGGCUUCUGGUUAGUGCACUGGCCACUGUGGGUGCGUUGCUUCUGGUAGCUCUUAUGUGUUUCUGGGGCUGUUACAUGUAUAAGAGGCUUGGUAAAAAUGAUGGCAAAAGCCUUGCUAUGGAUGUUAGUGGAGGAGCCUCGGUUGUAAUGUUUCACGGAGACCUGCCCUACUCUUCCAAGGAUAUUAUCAAAAAGUUGGAGAAUUUAAAUGAAGAGCAUAUAAUUGGUAUGGGGGGCUUUGGAACUGUGUACAAGCUUGUGAUGGAUGAUGGCAAUUUAUUUGCCUUAAAAAGGAUCGUGAAGGUCAAUGAGGGCUUUGAUCGCUUUUUCGAAAGAGAGCUUGAAAUUCUUGGAAGCAUCAAACACCGAUACCUGGUGAACCUUCGAGGGUACUGCAAUUCCCCGAAAUCGAAAUUGUUGAUAUAUGAUUUCCUCUCAGGAGGCAGCCUUGACGAAGCUCUUCAUGAUAGAGCAGAGCAACUAGAUUGGGAGGCUCGUUUAAAUAUUAUCAUGGGAGCUGCAAAGGGCUUAGCCUAUCUGCAUCAUGAUUGUUCACCUAGAAUUAUUCACCGAGACAUCAAGUCGAGCAACAUUUUGCUUGAUGGAAAUUUUGAUGCUAGAGUAUCCGACUUUGGACUGGCUAAAUUAUUGGAGGAUGAAGAAUCCCAUAUUACAACAAUUGUAGCUGGAACAUUUGGAUAUCUGGCUCCGGAGUAUAUGCAGAGUGGUAGAGCUACAGAAAAGACAGAUGUUUAUAGUUUUGGUGUUCUGGUGCUCGAGAUUGUGAGCGGAAAGCGACCUACUGAUGCAUCUUUCAUCGAGAAGGGCUUCAACAUUGUUGGAUGGUUAAAUUAUUUAGUUUCGGAAAAUAGACCACGAGAAAUAGUCGAUCUACACUGUGAAAGAGUGCAGGCAGAAAGCCUCGAUGCCCUACUUUCAAUUGCCAUGCAAUGUGUUUCUUCAGUACCCGAUGAACGUCCGACCAUGCACAGGGUAGUUCAAAUACUUGAAUCUGAAGUCAUGACCCCUUGCCCUAGCGACUUCUACGAUUCCAGCUCAGAUUGAAGGCCAAUCUUUUCACCGAACAAAAGAAAUCCCAACCUAUUUAUCUGCAGCAAAAAAAGUCGGAAAUCAACAAUAACACACAGAAUAUUCUGAAUUCGAAAUUAUUCAUUCUUUUUGGCAAAAAAUUAUGAUUGGAAUUUAUGCUGGUGAUUUUCUGCAUUUGUCGUCCUCGAAUUAGAGCGAGUGAUCUGCCUGCCGCAUCAGGUUUUUCUUUGUCCAUGUAAAUUAUUAUUAUUUUCUUUUUCUUUUUCUUUUUUACUGGUCAUUUCUCUGAAUCAAUUGUAUAUCAAGUGUUUGAAUUUAUUUACUGUCUCCAUAUACUGAUGGGUAUUUUCGUAAUUUGGUUGCAUUUUUGUAUUAUUACUCACAUAACAGUCAUUGAUACAACGCAAGACUGAAAAUACUUUUUAGUCUAUAGUUUAUGGUUUCAUAUAUUAUGUAGGCAUUUACU